UAGUAGCCGUUACAUAGUUCGUGCGAACAUCCUAUUUAUUACAUAAUAUUUUCGCGUAAUAACCGGCGAAAAAGCCACGUAAAACGUCGAAAAGCAUCGCCAGUUGGCCUACGGAACGGAUCGCGUGACGCGGGAUCGAUUUCCGGCGAGUUUCCAGUCGCAAGAAUGGCGUUGAGAUCGAUUUGCCGGCUGUCAAUUGAUUCGACCUUCAGGCACUCGAGCCAUUUCGGAGCCACCGCCCGCCCGAGACGACCGUCCUUUGACACGCUCGCACGAAGUUUCGCCGCAGCAGCUGAAAACAUGGGUCUGCCACGCGUUUUCUUCGACAUGACCGCGGACGACAAGCCCGUGGGUCGCAUCGUGAUGGAGCUGAGGAAGGACGUUGUUCCCAAGACGGCGGAGAAUUUCCGCGCUCUCUGCACCGGCGAGAGAGGCUUCGGUUACAAGGGAAGCAGCUUCCAUAGGGUCAUACCGAACUUCAUGUGCCAGGGUGGUGAUUUCACCAACCAUAACGGCACCGGUGGCAAAUCCAUCUACGGCACGAGAUUCGAGGACGAGAACUUUAAGCUGACUCAUACCGAGCCCGGCAUUCUCUCUAUGGCGAAUGCUGGCCCCAACACUAACGGCAGUCAAUUCUUUAUCACCAGUGCCAAAACCAGUUGGCUCGACGGGAAGCAUGUUGUAUUCGGAAAAGUCGUCGAAGGAAUGGAUGUUGUUAGAAAGUUGGAGGCUAUGGGAUCUCAGAGUGGCAAGACCUCAAAAAAGAUCGCAAUAGCGGACAGUGGAGAGUUGUAGAUCGACUAGAUAUUGUGAUGACUGCAUUUUUAUUUAGCUGUUGCAUACAUAUUUACUGUCUUUAUUACCCCUACUUCCAUUCUCAUCGAACACACGUCCUCUCCCCCCCCCCCCCAUCUGAUGCUGACGAUUCACUCUUGUCUGAUCAAAUAUAGAAAUUUAAAGCUUGUUCAA